AUGGUGCAAACGAGGAAAGACCACAUGAUUCCCAUCUCACUUCCACGUGGCGGCAUCCUGGAUCGCUUAUGUCCCAUAGAAGAACAGGUCUUCAGGCAGUUACUUUCUAUAGCCGGUGUUUAUUGGGCAUCCACCGAAGGCCCAGUGACGCAUGAAAUAAUAGUGUUCCUGUUGUUACAAAUGCUUUUAAAUUUCCUUGCAAUGGUGGGAUUUUUGAGGUUUCUUUUCCUACGCCUUGUCUUCAAAGCUUUUCCAUUGUCAAAACUCGAUGGUUGUUGGAUGUGCUUAGAAUUCAUUGUAUUGGGCUCAUUGUAUUCGCAGAAGAGAUUAGACUAUGGAUUUCAUGGCUAUCAAUUGCCCCCCACACCACGAGCCGCCAGAUCAGUCAGGAGGCGGGGCUUAUUUAAGAGGAAAGCAGAUGACCAGCAAAUGUGCGCAUUUGACUUGUUGGCAACUGUAGCUGGGAAGUUACUGUUGGAUGGGGAAAAUUGUCCUCCACCAGCGAGCUCGUCUCCUGCAAAGGAGCGUGCACCUGUAGUAGAAGAUAGUAAUACUAUUACAAAACAAGAAAAGGACGAAGAUAAGGCAUUAGAAGAAAAAGCUACCGAUCGAGAUUCCUAUGAAAGGAAUUUUCUUCUUACAGAACUUGUCUCGGAGGUCCCCAAUCCAAAUAACCUUGCGUGUGCUCAAAAUGGUGUUAAAACUUCAGAUUGCGUGGGCCCCACGGCACAUUUGGUCAACGAUGAUUGUAAGCUCCGUCUUGGAAUAUUUACUCCAGUGGACGUUGAGUCGUCAGGCUUUAGGCUUUCUAGUAAUUGUGUGGCCGAGGAUGAGAGUAAGAAGAAGGUAAAAAUAGAGUCAGUGAAUGAUAGAAAUUUGUCAAUAAUAAGUGAGAAGGCUUUUCCGUAUAGUUCAGGACACGUAGAGAAUUCGGAUAAAAAAUCGUCUGCACUAAUUUGUUCGGUUAAUAAUGUAAAGUUUCCAUUUCCAAAGGGCCAGUCUCCUUGUGGUUCUUUCCCUGUUCAUCGGGAUACUGUAAAGUUAGUUAGUAGGGAUGAUGACGAAAACUCUUGUGAGUGCACUGAGCCUAGCACUAGAAACAAGGCUAUUCAGCCAUCACAGUGUUUGGGAGAUGGUAGGUUUAGGAAGUUGCUACCGGCUAAGCAUUGCAGAAUAACUUCAAAUGGGGACGAAGAACACUAUACUGGUGAAAGUAGCAGUUGUCCCUCGAAAGAUAGUGGUGUCAAGUGGCAAAGGUCUCUGAGGGAUUAUCCUUUCAAAAAGAGAAAGCUCUAUGGCUGUGGCUCUGUGCCUAAUUCUGAUGAAGGCAUUAUUAACACUGAUCAAACAUGUCAGGUGCCUGAAAGUGGCACCAUUGGAGAUGGACUCGUUUCUUCUGGUCUUAAUCAACCAGGAGGGACCCCACCGCCGAUUUCUGUACCUGGUGGACAUAUGUCCUUACAUUCCCGAAAUUCAAAAGUGAAACUUAAGAUCAAGUCUUUCAGGGUUCCCGAAUUACUUGUUGAGAUCCCAGAAACUGCCACGGUUGGUUCUUUGAAGAGAAGAGUAUUGGAAGCAGUGAAUUCUGUUCUUGGAGGUGGACUGCGUGUCGGGGUGCUUCUUCAGGGUAAGAGAAUUAGAGACGACAAUAAAACUUUAGCACAAACCGGAAUUUCUCUUGAUAAAAAGAUGGACUUGCUGGGGUUUAGUCUCGAGCCCACCUCCAAUCCAGCCCCUAUUCGACUUUAUCCCGAAGAUCGACCAAACGAAAUGCUGUGUCAGAGUCCCCAACCUCUCCGAAGGUACCCUCCUACUCCUAGGCCAACUCAAAGUAGUGGUGGGCAGCAGCAUCGGUUAAAUGGUACUAUUAAUUUUAACCAUUUCAUGGAGAGUGAUCACAAUUCGGGUCCUUCGAAAACCAGUUGCGAGUCGAAAGCACUCGUCCCUCUUACUGUACCCAGCUCAAUAAAGCAAGAUGCGCUGGCUGUGGUGCCUUUGCGCAAGUCAAAACGCUCCGAAUCGGCUCAGCGCCGUAUCCGUAGACCCUUUACUGUUGCCGAAGUCGAAGCUCUCGUCCAGGCUGUCGAGAAGCUCGGCACCGGAAGAUGGCGUGAUGUCAAGCUGAGAGCCUUUGACAGUGCAAAGCAUAGGACUUACGUGGAUUUGAAGGAUAAGUGGAAAACCUUGGUUCACACAGCAAGAAUAUCCCCACAGCAGAGAAGGGGGGAGCCCGUGCCUCAGGAACUAUUGGACCGAGUGUUGACGGCUCAUGCUUAUUGGUCACAGCAGCAGGCCAAGCAGCAGCUCAAGUCUCAGCCCGACACUUGCCUUCUCCUCUGAGAAUUUUUAAAGUUUAUCAUUUACUACCAGUAUUGUAAAAAGAUACAAGUUUAGUUUGUCAGGAAAAUAGUAUAUUAGUUUAUAUAAGAUUUUAUGGGAAGAUAAUAGAUAUAGCACUUGUAAAUGGGUGAAAGAAGGAGCUUUUUCCAACUUGUUCAUUUUUUUCGCGGGGAAGCUUUUUUCUUACAGGGAUUGCUUUUGCUUUUAGUUUUACUGUAUUUUUGUCUAGGAUGGGGGCGUUAUCACUUCACUUUGUUGUGAAUUUGACUGUAAUAAGCUCAUUGUUUUGUUGUCGAUGAUGGGACUCAAUUUUGAGAUUUUUGGGCUUCAAUUUUUAAUUCAAUAGCAG